AUGGUGUAUAUUCAUGGCACCGACAGGGGUUUAUCACCUGCGCUUGUGAAUGCGCACUACGACAGUGUUUCUACAUCACAUGGCAGGGGGCUCAUACUGUUGAUGAACUGCGGAGAGGAGGACGGCUUGAACGGCGCAAGAGCAUUCGGAACUCAUAGCUUAUCUAGGCUUUCGCACAUCUUCUUAAACCUUGAAGGCGGUGGUACCGGUGGCCGGGCGAUACUUUUCCCCGCGAAUGACACUGCUGUCAACGUGAUGCGUACAAACUGGGCGCACUCAAGGAGCGCAACAGAUUACGAUAUCUUCAGAGACGCUCUUCAUAUGAGACGUCUUGAUGUUGCAUUUUACACGCAUCGGAGUCGCUACCACACACCAGAUGAUGAUAUGAGAUAUGCUAGUAAAAGAUCAAUAUCUCAUAUGCUCCUCACUGCCCUGUACACAGUCAAUACAAUGACCGCCGAUACCAGUCUCGACUAUAACGAAAAUCUGCCGGGAAAGCCUGCGGUUUAUUUUGACUUCUUUAAUCGUAUCUGGACGUUUUACGAGCGAUCACACUAA